AUGAAGUACACGUUUAUGACCGAUUUCGACGACACCAUGACUGCCGGAGACACCCUGGCGUUGUUAUCCGAGUGCGCCUAUUCGAUCAAGCCCGGGUUCAAGCCCCAUUGGACGUAUUUCGGGUCGGCAUACAUGGAGGAUUACACGGCUUUCAAGCGGGAUUUUGGGCCCAUCGACUCGCUGGAAAAGCGUCUGGAGUUCCAGAAGCAGCUCAAACCGUUUGAAAUGGCGUCGGUUCAUCGUGUGGAGAAGUCAGAUCUGUAUCUGGGGGUGACGGAGACUGGAAUCAGAGAUCAGGCCCACAAGGUGGAAUUCAAGGGCGGUUGGUGGGAAUUUGCACGCAAACUGGAGACGCCAAUUCAUGUUAUUUCAGUUAAUUGGAGCGACGAGUUCAUUCGCGAAACCUUUCGUGUCCACAAUGUGACUCCGGGGGGAAUUAUGGCCAACAAGGUGUACAUGGAUGAACUGGGUCGGGGUACGGGAAAGCUCAGCAGUGACGAAUCUCCAGGAAUCCGAACGUCAGACGAUAAAUUACAGUGUCUUAAACGAGUAAUGAGUGCGCAGACCCACCAGACCAAGUCUGUGUACUGUGGAGACUCUUCUACUGAUCUUGCAGCAUUGUUGGAAGCCGAUAUCGGGCUGAUUAUUGGUAAUGAAGCUACCGCAGAGCUUCUGGACAAGUACGGACAGGAGGUGAAGCGGGACGCAAAGACUUUAGAUCGAGGUCUGUAUUAUUACGAUGAUUGGACAGAGGUCCCUCUGUUGGAGUGA